UCUGCUGUUUGUUCAGCCAGAGAGGCAGAGAAGAAGAAAAAUGGCGGCUCUAGGCGAACCUAAACGGGACGCCGGGCUAACGUUUUAGCUUUCACACCCGAAAAGACACAGGGGCUCCUCGGGUUUACUGCACCGUCUGAAUCCUCACCGGUCCAGCUUUGUAGGGGUGCCGUUUUCGCUCACGCCCGUGUAGGCUAAAUAAACGCAAACACUGGGAUAGUAAAAUAAUAGCUUUCGCUUAUCAUGAGAGGAAAGAGGGGCAGGCCGCCCAAACCGCUACAAGCCGAGGAGCCGUCCCCAGCUACUGCGCGGGGUUUGCGACCCAGGAGGAACCUGAAGCCCAGGUUGAGGGACAGCGGGGAUGAGGACGCCGAGAGCCCCACAAGGGAGACCACCAAGUCGGCCAAGAAGAGGAAAAGGGGAUCCGUCACGUCAACGCGGGGCAGGGGACGAGGUAGAGGUGGCGGCGGUGCGAGAGGAGGCAGAAGGGGUCGUGGAGGAAGGCGGACGGCUGCCUCCAAAACGGUGGUGUACGACGACCACGAGAGUGAAGAGGAGGACGAUGCUGUCAGUUUGAGGUCGGAGGAGGACGAGUUUGUUGAGGAGGAAUCUCACUCCGACGAGGACGAGGCCCUGAAAGAGGAGUCUGAUUGCCUUGAAGAUGAUGUGCUGGACGAGGAGGAGGAGGAUGAUGCCAGCUACUGUACAGAGAGUAGCUUUCGGAGUCAGAGCACACACGCCAGCACUCCGGGCAAGAAAAAAGUACGGGCUCCCCGACCUCGCACUCCCAUUCUGGAGGAGAAGGAGAUUCCUCCUCUUGAGCUUCCUGACACCUCUGAGGACCUCCUGGUGCCUAAUGAGGAACUGCUCAACGCCACCUCCAUCUAUGAGGUGCUACGGAACUUCAGCACAGUUCUGCGUCUCUCGCCUUUCCGCUUUGAGGACUUCUGUGCAGCAUUGGUGGGCCAGGAGCAGUGCACUUUAAUAGCAGAGACCCAUAUUUCCCUCUUGAAGGCCAUCCUACGUGAGGAGGACUCCUCCAAUACUACCUUUGGCCCCGCUGACCUCAAGGACAGCGUCAACUCCACUCUGUACUUUAUUGAUGGCAUGACGUGGCCUGAGGUGUUGCGGGCGUACUGUGAGAGCGACCGGGAGUACCAUCAUGUCCUGCCAUACCAGGAGGUGGACGACUAUCCCUACGGUCCAGUGGAAAAUAAGAUCAAGGUGCUACAGUUUUUGGUGGACCAGUUCCUCACCACGAACAUCGCCCGUGAGGAGCUGAUGUCUGACGGCAGUAUGCAGUAUGACGACCACUGCCGUGUGUGUCACCGCCUGGGUGACCUGCUGUGCUGUGAGACCUGCUCAGCAGUCUACCACCUGGAGUGUGUGAAACCACCACUGGAGGAGGUUCCAGAGGACGAGUGGCAGUGCGAGAUUUGUGUGGCACACAAGGUGCCCGGUGUCACAGACUGUCUGACAGAGGCGCAGAAGAACAGGCCCUACAUCCGCCAGGAGCCCAUUGGAUAUGACCGCCACCAGAGGAAAUACUGGUUCCUAAACAGAAGGAUUAUUGUCGAGGAGGAUGGAGAGCAUGAGAAGAAAAAGAUCUGGUACUAUAGCACCAAGGCUCAGCUGGAGGAGCUCAUGGAGUGCCUGGAUAAGGAGUACUGGGAGAUGGACCUGUAUGCCACCGUGGAGGAGAUGAAGGAGGAAGUGCAAGCUCACAUGGACAUCACAGAGGACCUCACCAACAAAGCCCGUGGAAACAAUAAACCCUACCUCGCUGCUGUCAACGAUGUGGUCACGGAGCGUCUGAAGGUCAGGCGGGAGGCACAGGAAGCAAAGAGGCGGGCAGCGAAGCAGGAAGCGGAGACGGGCUCUGUUAAGACAAUGGAGGACACUGCCGAGAUCACCUCGCAGCUCGACAAUGGAGAACACGCUGAGGCCAAGGAAGAUGCUAGGUCACAAGCAGCCACGGUUACUCCUGCUGCAGAGGAGAGCUCUGAUCCUAACCCCGGCUCGGCCAGCCGGGACGCAGCCUCUCCUAAAACGGAGUCCCUUGAACCUCAUAAGGAAACGCAGCCUGCUCGCCCUAGGAGCCAGGACAGUGGGGAGUCCCCUCCGUUGGCAAAGCAGGAAAGGAAAGAUGAUGAUGCGAAAGCAGAUGCUAUCAGUGAAGUCAAGCACCCUGACGAGUCGCAGACACAGACCCAGGAUCAGCCACAGCAGCAGUCAUCUCAACCAGAGGCGAGCAGCCAGGCUUCUGGAUGUGGAAGCCCCAGGAAACCAGAGCAGCCUGACCUGGCUGAUCGGACCUCUCGGUCCUCCUUCACCAGCCAGGAUGGGACAGAAGAGUAUAUCGAAAGGGUCAAGACUGAAAGAGGGCAAGCAGCAGGACCGGAAUCUACUAAUCUGACGCCAAGAGGCAGCAAAGAGUCCUCUCCUGUACGCUCUGAUGGUGACACGUCACGUCUCAGCUUCUUCAAAAGGGACCUGGCCGUGAAUUUGAACAACUUGUUCAAACUGGGUCAGGAGGGUAAAUACAGGGUAUACCACAACCAGUACAGCACCAAUGUCCUGGCCCUAAACAAACAUCAGCACCGCGAGGACCACGACAAGCGACGCCACCUCUCCCACAAAUUCAGCCUGACGACCACGUCGGAGUUCAAAUGGAACGGCUCGAUCUACGGUUCGCGGAGCCUGACUGUCUCCACCCUGCGUCUCACCAUAAUCCAGUUGGAGUCCAAUGUCCCGGGACCAUUUAUGCAUCCUAACUGGGCAUCGCACAGGACCAACUGGAACAAAGCAGUGCAGAUGUGCAGCAAGGCCAGGGAAUUUGCUUUGGCCUUGGCCAUACUGGAGUGUGCCAUCAAACCAGUGGUCAUGCUGCCCGUAUGGAAAGAUUCUCUUGGACACACAAGGCUACAUCGCAUGACCUCCAUGGAGCGGGAAGAGAAAGAGAAGGUGAAAAAGCGCGAGAAAAAACUGGAGGAUGAGGAGACACUGCAACAGGCCACUUGGGUGAAGUACACCAUCCCCAUCAAACACCAGGUGUGGAAGCAGAAGGGGGAGGAGUACAGAGUGACGGGGUAUGGGGGCUGGAGCUGGGUCAGUAAGACUCACGUGCCACGUUUUGUUCCAAAGCUACCAGGGAACACAAAUGUGAACUACCGCAAAGAUCUGGAGGCAGCUAAAAUGAGCAAGGAAAAUGCAGCAGCUUGCACAAAUAAGCAGAGAAAGUUGAUAGAAACUGAGAAGCGGGCUACUAAAAACGCAGGGGACGAUGAGAGUGAACAAGCAUCCAUCACUGUGCCAUCUCAGAGCACUUCACCCGAGGAGGACUGCAAAUCUCAGACCUCCAAAGAGGAAGAAAAAUCCAAGGAGGAGGAGCGGGGAAAAGAUGUAGAAGAGAAGCGAGAAGAUGAAAAAAUGGAGGUUGACCCAGAAACGGCUGCUUCAGGUGACGAGAAAGAUAAAGUUGAAAACGAAGGCCCUUUGUCACCAUCUGUGCAGCCUGUGAGGGAGGAACCAAUCCAGACAGAACAACCCAAGAAGGAGGAGACCACUGCAUCAAAGCCCUACUAUGACGUUGUUAACGUCAGUGAGGGCUUCCAGCUGCGGACAGCUUAUAAGAAGAAGGUGAAGCCUUCCAAACUGGAUGGGCUUUUGGAGCGCCGAGUAAAACAGUUCACCUUGGAGGAGAAGCAGAGGCUAGAGCGUAUGAGACAGGCAGCCCUGCUCUCCAAAGGGGCUGCCACAAAGCAGACGUCCGGGGUUAAGACUGAGGGAUCCACAUUAGGCAAACAGCAACCUGCUGUGACCCCGUAUGUUAAAGAAGAGAAGGAGGAGAGCCUUCAAGUGAAAGACCACGUGGUUAAAAAGCUCCACUUUGAGCAGGAGCAGUCGGAGAUAAAGGCAGACAACUUGGAUGUCAAAUCAGAAACCACAGUACCCAACCACAGCAAACAGACAGAGGGGAAUUCUGUGCAGGGGAACGGUGAGGAGGCCUUAGCUCACAAAGAAGUGAAUGGAGGACCCCUAGCAAGCACUGAGCUCAACAGUAAAAACAAUUGUAUAUCAGAUGCAAUAGAUAUCAAAGAAAAAACACAAAAGCCAGAGGUGGCUCGAGUGGGAGAGAAUGCUAAAAAGCGUGGGUAUGAGGAAAUUGAGCAAGGCAGUGAAAAGAGUGACACAGAGAGCAUGGAGGUAGACCAAAGCAAGUCUAGUCCAGUGCAGGUGAAUGGGAAAGCUAGUGAUGCCACCCCUGCGGACUCAGACAUCAACUUAGACUCAGCCAGUCGAGUCCAAGGUGAUAUUAAAGAGCCUCUCAAGUCUCUGAUGAAUGGAAACCUCUUGCAAAACGACGUCUCUGAAAUAUGUCCACCUGCCCUGAAAGUCCCGAAAUUAGAAAAUCAUGUAGCAGAGAAAGGAGAGACUCUCAAUAAGAAUGUGGCCAUGAACAGUGAGGGGACAGUACCUGCUAAGCUUCCACCUUCAAGCCCAUCUUGCCUGAAUAGUAAUAGUACAGACAAUAACAGUAGUAGCGAAGGUUUGAAGACUUCCAUCACCACUAACACCACCAUCACCACAGAGUCUCAAAGUGCCCCGACAACUGACCUAUCCAGUCCUGUUCCCACUUCCUCUACCACCCAGCCCAGCUCCAGGGCAAGUGUCCCCCAGAAGGCAAAAGUCCCAGUCACUGACACCAAGAUGGGCACUUCUGGUUCAACAACAACCAGCUUCAUGACUAUUAGUAAAGAGUAUUCCACCAGAGACCGAGUGAGCCUUCUCAGGUUCUCCAAAUCCAAGAAGGCCCGCUCAGGGACAGCCCUACCGUCCUACCGCAAGUUCGUCACCAAGAGCAGCAAGAAGAGCAUCUUUAUCCUGCCCAAUGAUGACCUGAAGAGGCUGGCGAGGAGGGCAAGUAUCCGAGAGGUGCCCAUCUUCAACUACAACGCCAAGCCUGCCCUGGAUAUAUGGCCCUACCCUUCACCUCGGCCCACGUUUGGAAUUACAUGGAGGUACCGUCUCCAGACUGUGAGGUCACUGGCAGGGGUCAGCCUGAUGCUGAGGCUGCUCUGGGCCUGCCUGAGGUGGGAUGACAUGGCUGUAAAGCCCUCUGCUGCUGUAGGGACUACUCGGAAAGAAACUACAGACACAGACAUCACCACAACAGAGAUUAUAAAACGGAGGGAUGUGGGGCCUUACGGCAUCCGCUCAGAGUACUGCAUCAGGAAGAUCAUCUGUCCCCUCGGAAACAGAGACACUCCCAAAGAAACCCCUACUCCACAGAGGAAAGGCCUGCGCUCAAGCGCCUUGAGGCCCAAGAAGCAGGAGCCAGCCAAGCUGACGGGGCCCGUUGCUGUGGAGACAUGGGUGCCUGAAGAGGACAUGGAGCUGUGGGAGAUCAGGGCGUUUGCAGAAAGAGUGGAAAGAGAGAAGUCACAGGGUCUCGAUCCCUCCAAGACCGGCAGUAGUCUGAAGACGGCAGAGGAUGUGAAGGCCCAUUUGGAGAAUCAGCUAAAACAAGCCAGACAGGCGGCACAGCAGAAACGUCUGGAACCGCUGAGACAGAGUACUACUGCCAACACUUCCACAACAACAACUACCACCACCUCAGCCAACACUCUCAACACUCCCAGUACCCCAGCAUCCACGGGCCAGAGAACAGGUCAGGCCACACCUGGAAGCAAGAUGGUCCUCGCCUCCAAACUGGGCUCUCCAGUUUCCUUCCAGCAAGACAAAAACUUCCAUCAGUCUUUUGCUUCCUGGGUAAAGCAGGGUCAGACCAACAACAGCUCAGCCUCCACUGGCUCGGUGGCCACCGUGGCUAGCAGCAUCACCACCACAGAGCAAACCUUCCAGAUCGCUGGCAGCCCAGUGACUGUGGCUGGCCAGGUCCUCGCCGCCAAACUCCCGCUGCCCGCUAACAGCAAGAUUGUCACGCUGAACAUGCCCACCACUCAAGGAGGUGUAGUCCAACAGAAAGUCCUGGGCAUAUUCCCCUCUGGGCCCCCUGCAAACCUUAGGACCUACAGCACACUACAUCCCACAACUGGCAACAUCAACCUCAGAGCCACCACCUCUGCCUCAACUACCCAGCAACAGGCUGUAACAGCAGGAGGCCACACACAGCCUGGCAUGACGAUGAGCCAGUCGCCUACCCCGUCUACCUCCAUGGGCACAGCAGUGGUCAGAAGUCCAGCGUUGCCUCAACAAGGCCAACUUCAGCAGGCUGUGACCCAGAUGGGCAGUGGUCAGCCUGGACCCACGGCUGGACCUGGUUCUACACCUGUGCAGACGACUGCAGCUCAGAGAGCAGCGGGUGCUGCCCCAUCGCCUCAUGCAGCCACCACAGCACCUGGGCAGCCACCUGUAGCUUCCUCCCAGACCAACAGACCACAGCAGGGUCAAGUUAAACUCACUAUGGCACAGCUCAUGCAGCUAACACAGGGUGCUCAGGGUGGAAACCCAGGUCUGACAGUGGUGAUCCAGGGUCAGGGCCAGACCCAGGGACAGCUACAAAUCAUCCCACAGGGUGUAACGGUCAUCCCUGGUCCUGGUCAGCAGCUAAUGCAGGCUGCAAUGCCCAAUGGCCAGGUGCAGCGCUUCCUCUUCAGUCCCAUGCCUCCAUCCUCAUCAGCUUCACCACUCACUACUGCUACCCCUACGAAGCCUGCCGUGGCGCACACCCAAGGUCCAACCCAAGUCCACACAACUCCGUCAGCCCUGGCCCAAACCCAGAUGUCUGCCCCUAUACCAGCCCCAACACACAUGCCACGUUUGGCCCCCACUCCAGCCUCAGUCCCUGCGCAAACCCAAGUUGCAGCUCAGGCUUCAUUGCAAACACAAGUUGCAGCCGCUACCCCAUUAUCAGCCCCAGCACAAUCUCAAAUAUCCACUCCUGUGCCUGCCCUGCCACACGUUGCAGCCCAGGCCUCAACACAGGUUUUAUCCUCCACACCAGCCUCUGUCCCUGCACAACCCCAAGUGGCAAGACCUGUGCUUGCCCCAGCACAAAACGUAGCUUCAGCUAUGGUGCAAAACCAAGUCUCCACCCUCACCCCAGGCUCAUUCCCUACACAAACCCAAACUGCAGUGUCGCUACCUGUCCCAGGACAAGUUGUACCUCAGUCCCAGAUCCAGACACACGCCUUCAGCCCUGCCCCAGCCUUAACCUCAGUACCUGUCCAGAUGCAUGUUACCGCUCCUGCCCCUGCUUUAGCCCCUGUCUCAGGCUUGUCUAACAACACCCAAAUGCCUGUCUCAGCCUCUCUUCCCUCACCUGUCCAAGUUCCAACCCCUGCUCUUGCUCCCGUCUCUGCUCCUGUAAUAGCUGUUGUGUCCACCCAAAUUGCAGUUCCAUCCCUAGCCAAAGCUCCAACCCAAAUCCAAGCCACAGCUCCGGUUCCCCUUCACGCUGCUGUGGCCAAUGCUGUUGUCACACCAGUCACAGCCACCUCCACAACACCUUCAGUGCCAGCUCUGACAGAGCAGAGGGCAGCUCAGCCCCAGGUUUGGACUCCGGGCUCAUCUCAAGCUCAGACUCCAGUUCAGCCAGCCCAGAAGGCUGUAGCUCCCGUUCAGACACCUGCGCUGGCCACUGUACCCGCCUCUGCCCCCGCAUCAGUCUCCACACAUUCAUCCGUUACCCCUCUGCCUCAACCAUCUCUUCCUCCUCAAGCUCAAGUACAAGUCCAGCACCCUACCGUUGUAUCCGUGCAGCAGGUGUCUCAAAUUCCAGUCUCAGCAGUGCAGGUUCAUAUGGCGGGAUUACCGGUCUCCUCUGUUGUUACUACUGUGAGACCCACGCAGCCUCAAUUCCAACCCCAAGCCCAUACUCCACUCCAACCCCAGCGUCAAGCCCAAAUCUGUGCACAGAUUCAGGUCCAGCCCUAUGGCCAAGUCCAGCAAAUGCCACAAAUUCAGGCUCAAGCAGCGCAUAUCCAGGCCCAAGCACAAGCCCAAAACCAUCCCCAGGUCCGUGUUCAGUUCCAGCCACAAACUCAGCAACCACCCAAAGCCCAGUUACAACCCCUUGCUCAAAGUCAACCUCAGGUGCAGUUUCAGUCCCAGACCCAAACCUUGCCCCAGGUCCAGGCCCCAGCACAGGCCCAACUCCAAUCAAGAGUCCAACCUCAGUACCACCCCCAGGUACAAGCUCCAUUUCAAACACAGGCUCAAACCCAACCCCAGGCGCAGCAACAGCCUCAGGUCCAACCUCAACCCCAGGUUCAGUCUCAGGCCCAAACUCAGCUACAGCCCCAGAUCCAAACCCAUCUUCAUCCCCAGGUUCAGGUCCAGUUCCAGCAACAGAGCCAGGUUCACUCACAACCUCAGGCCCAGCAGCAACCCCAGGUCCACACUCAGUCACAGGUGCAAACUCAAGUCCAGACCCAGACCCAUUUUCAAGUCCAGUCACCGCAGCAGACCCAGGUCCAGCAACAGCUUCAGGUACAAGCCCAACCCCAAGUCCAAGCUAAGGUCCAAGUCCAGUUCCAGCCUCAGAACCAAUCUCAAGUUCAAGCACAGCCUCAGCUUCAGGUCCAGUCUCCAAUCAGGCAUCAGCUCAUCACCGUUCCAGGCCUCCAACAGCCGGUCCAGCUACUCUCAGCUCUGCCACCCCAUGUUGCUGCCCAGAUCCAAGCCCAGAUCCAGGCACAGGCACAGCAGCAGGGAGGCACUGUUCCCCAGCAGAUCAAACUUCAGCUGCCUAUCCAGAUCCAGCAGACAGGGGGGCAAAUUCAGGCCCACCAGAUCCAGAACAUGGUGACAAUACAGACGCCAGCGAGCGUCCAGGAGCAGCUCCAGAGGAUGCAGCAGCAGCAGCAGCAGCAACAACAACAACAACAACAACAACAAAAACCAAAGAAGAAGAAACAUCAUGAGGCUAAAAGGGAACAGAAAGAGCAGAAUCUGCAGGCUGUCAGCCCUGGGGAUGGCAUCCAAAAACAGGUGGUGGUGAAGCAGAAUGCUACAGCAGAACAGCUGAAACAGAGGAAGAGCCUGGCUGCAGCUGAGCGAGAGGAGAACCAGAGAAUGAUUGUGUGCAACCAGGUGAUGAAGUUCAUCCUCGACAAGAUUGAGAAGGACGAGAAGCAGGCAGCUAAGAAGAGAAAGAAGGAGGAGGUGGUGGAGCAGAAACGCUCCAAACAGAAUGCCACCAAGCUGACUGCCCUGCUGUACAAGCACAAAGAACAGCUGAAGGCUGAGAUCCUGAAGAAGAGGGCCCUGCUGGACAAGGAGCUGCAGCUGCAAGUACAGGAGGAGCUCAGGCGGGACAUUGCCCGGCUACAGAAAGAAAAGGAGAAAGCCAGAGCUGCUAUCACCCAGGCUGCUGCUGCAACGGUCAAGGCAGCCGCUUCCCACUCCUCCCAUCCUUCUCACUCUACACAUUCCUCUCAUAGUUCUCACACAAUUCCCUCACCGUCCCCGUCCCAUAAACGGAAGAGGGAGGAGGAGAGAGACAAAGACAGAAACAGAGACAGGGACAGGCAUCACGACAAGGACAAGAAACGGGACAGGGACAAGGACAGAGACAAAUAUAGAGACAAAGACGAGGAUCGAGAGAGGGAGAGGGACCGAGAGCGGGACCGACAUCGGGACAAGGACAGAGAUAGGGACAGAGACAAGGACAGAGAUAGGGACAGAGACAAGGACAGAGAUUCCAGCUCAUUAAAACACAAGAAGAAGAAGAAGUUCUCUUCUACCUCAAAGGAUCACAAGAAGGACAGUAAAUUGUACUGUAUCUGCAAAACGCCCUACGACGAGUCGAAGUUUUACAUAGGAUGCGACCUGUGCUCCAACUGGUUCCACGGCGCCUGUGUUGGCAUCACAGAAAAAGAGGCCAAGAAGUUGGAGGACUUUGUGUGUAAUGACUGCAAACGUGGCCAGGAGGGAGCAAGCAAUGAGGAGUUAUACUGCAUCUGCCGGACACCAUAUGACGAAUCACAGUUUUACAUAGGCUGCGACCGCUGCCAGAACUGGUACCAUGGGCGCUGCGUGGGCAUCCUGCAGAGUGAGGCCAAUCACAUCGACGUGUACGUCUGCCCGCAGUGUCAGUCAACUGAAGAUGCCAUGACAGUCCUCACGCCGCUCACUGACAAAGACUAUGAGGGGUUGAAAAGAAUAUUACGCUCGUUACAGUCCCACAAAAUGGCUUGGCCUUUCCUUGAACCAGUGGAUCCCCACGACGCACCGGAUUAUUAUCGCGUAAUCAAGGAGCCAAUGGACUUUUCCACAAUGGAAACCCGUUUGCAAAAGCGACAUUACCACAAGCUCACAGAGUUCGUGGCCGAUGUGACCAAAAUCUUUGACAACUGUCGCUAUUACAACCCCAACGACACGCCCUUCUUUCAGUGUGCCGAGGUGCUUGAAGCCUUCUUUGUACAGAAGCUUAAAGGUUUCAAAGCGAGCAGAUUGUCAGAUUCUUAAGUGGGCCAGUCUAGCUGGAGUCUGGACUGGAUGCUGGGGUCUCUAGUAAUAAUGACACGGGAACUUUCUAUUUCCAGAACAGUAAAAAUAUUGAUCACUAAAGAAAAGAAUAACACGAGAACAAACACCAAAUGUGCUUUCAUGUGUAUGCCUCCAAUUGAACAUUUUUGGUAACCAUUGUAAUAUUCAGUUUAAUCACAGAAUGGCAGCCAUGUUGACGUGUUCAUCAUGUCAUUGAGGGACAUGCUUUCUUCUCAUCGUUUCCCUAAAUCGGGCCAUUUCUAACAAUCCAUCCCAGUAGCUAUGAUGUUUUCAGUGGGAUUUUAAAUGCAUUUUAGGUUCCUAACUUGGAUCUAUUUUCUGUCAUACAUCUCAGUUGGAUUGGAUUAUGUGUUGACCUUACCAGUUAUAAAAAAGAAAAUAUAAAGCUGCAUAUUUUAUUAUAGAGAUAUUUAUGAGAGGUUUUGUAUGUUACAUCCCUUUGAGUUUGAUUUAACUGGUUGUUAAGAUGGUUGUCUUGAAUGUACAGACGUUUUAUCAUGUACAGUGGUUGUACGAUGUAUCUGAAUCUGUAUUUGAAUGUUUUAAAUAAUUAUGAAGCAAAUCGUUUUAGAUAGUAUUAUUUUAUGAGACUAAAAUGUAAACCUCAUCCUGUUCCCCGCGUCACAAAGUAACCUCAGUUUGUAGUUGUGGAAGAUCUCUUCAAUAAUAAAGGCAUUCCCAGUAAAUGACACCAACACGGCUGCAGGAUCCUCUGCCGACCCCUUUGCAUCGUCUGUCUGUCUGUCUGUCUGUCUGUCUGUCUGUUUCUGUCGAUGUCACAACAAGAAACAAAAUGCGAAGGGCUCUCAACUUUCCCUUCUCUCCGUAUUCUGUAGGUCUCAUAACAACAAGCUACAGUGUUCUUCGGCCUCUUAGAAAGCGUCGCACAUUGCUCAAACAAAAUGCACUUGCCAAGAAUAUGGCUUUUCUGAACUGUAACUCUGUGACAGACUCUGCCUCAUCCUGUGUUUGGGAUCUGCUCCUCCUGACUGUCGGUGCAACCAGCACUGCUGCUUUCACAGAACUGUUCAGGCAGAGCUGCCUUCUGCCCAUUUGAGCUCUAAGGGACCUUUUUUUGGACCUGUCUUCAUCAGUGGGACUGUACUGAGGAGGGCAAACAACUGAGGCAUUUCAGAAGAAAGUUUACCUCGGAGGAAAGACUCUUAAGGAGCUCUCAUAUUUCCAUGGUCUUUAUUUUUUUUUUUUAUCUCAGUCUUUUUAUUUUAUUUUCUUUCUUGUUAAAACCCCCCUCAGGCCAUCUUUGUGGUCAUCAUGUCCAAUGAGAAAUAGGAAAUUGAAUACUGACAUACAAUGGCUGAGCAUAAUGUAUCAAGAGUUUUGUGUUUAAAUUCAGAUAUCACAGUGGAACAACUUUUUCUCUCCCAUUUCCACUCAUUGUUAAGUCUGAAGUAGCAUGAAAGACAGUUGUACUAAAUAUCUGGACAUCGGUAGUCUGCUUGGUUAAACUUCUAUAACCUACUGAAAGUACGUUAAUAAGCUAUUGUAAAUGAUUUGCUCCGCAGUAGUGACUGACUGAGAAGGAUGAAACAAUGUAUUUGAAGUUUCCUGCCCUGUUUGUAAAAAUUUGUCAGAUUUUGACUGGAUUUCUUUUUCUUUUUUUUGUAUUACAUCUGAAGAAAUAUUGAUGUAUAUGGAACUUAAUAAAAUGGAAAAGACUGA